AUGCCCAAAACAGUCGUCGUCAGUGGAGGUGCCCGAGGAAUCGGUCGCACCAUCGCACGUUACUUCCUCGAAAAAGACUACCACGUCUUCAUCCUCGACAUCGACGAGGAAGAACUCACUCACACAACACGCACACAUCUCAAGUCCUACUACGACGCCAAAGCCGUCGACUCAGCGCUAUGCAAUCUUCGAAACACUGAUGAGAUUCACGACAAGAUCCAACAGGCAGCUGAGUUUCUCGGCGGGAGGAUCGAUGUGCUUGUCAACAACGGCGGCAUCGCAGCCCCACAUUGGAAAGAUGGCAAGACGAUGCUUGAUCGCGAGACGUUGGAUGAGUGGAGGGCGUAUAUAGACACGAACCUCACGGCGCCUUUUGCCGUCUCACAGGCUUGUUUGCCGUUUAUGAAGAAUGAGAAGGAUACGGGUCCUGUGACGGAGGAUAGUCACAGCACAGCUGGGCCAUGUAUCAUUAAUGUUGGAUCAUUCCGUGCGAAGCAAAGUGAUCCGAAUCAGGAAGGGUAUGCAUCUGCCAAAGCUGGGCUGUUGGGUCUUACACAUAGUAUGGCUGUCAGUCUGCAGCCGUACGGUAUUCGUGUAAACUUGGUAGCCCCUGGACGGAUCAAGGCUACACAUGAGUCAAAGGAGGGGGAUGAGAAUGGUGUUGAGUGGGCGCAUCUGAACGAGGAUAAGGAUGUCGAGGAUCAUCUUAGCAAUCGCGCUGGAAGACCUUUGGAUAUCGCACAGGCUGUUGAGUACAUGGUCAACGCAGGAUUUGUCACUGGCCAAGAUCUUAUUGUUGAUGGCGGUGCAGUCAUGAUCAAGUAG